GAAACAUACUUCAGUUGAAAAAUUGCAUUCGGCUGUAAAGCAUUGUGGUAGUAAUUUUAAAUUUCAACAUGAAUUUUUUUGUGCCGUUUUUAUUUGCUUUAGUAACAAUUGUUUCGAGUGCACCGCACGAGUCCCUACUCAGUUUGAGACCUCCCCGCCAGGCCGAUAACAACAAGAACAGUAAUAGCGCCCCGGUGAACUUUGGGUUUCCCGUGUACGGUGCAGGAUCGUGGCCUGGAUUUGGUGGUAGCAGCUUUCCGACAUCACGGGGAAACUGGCCCCAAGCUGGAGGCGGCUUGGGCGGCGGCAAUCUACAUGGCCGUUUCAACUUUGACGAUAUGCCAAACGUGGAAGCAGUCAGCAGCGGGGUGACCUGCACGUACUCGAAUGAUGGCAAGCAGAAAUGCACUCAUCAUCACAAGAAGAAUUAAGCGUCGUUUGUUAGUUGUUUUGAAAUUUCCACCUCUGCGUGCUUGAAAAAGU